AUGGGUUGGGCUGUGGUGAAGUUUUCGGACGAAGAUGCCGUAGAAGCGGUACCACGGUCUUGGUAUAUUGAAGCUUCAGAGGAGUGUUUUUGGCCUCCAGCUAACUAUAAGAGGGAAAAAAUUGUUAAGCUGAUCGAACGCAAUGGCAGCCCGCUUUCAGAUUGGAAAGUAUACACUGCUCUUAUGCUUGGAUAUUAUGAUGACUUCGCUGUAGCACAAAGAAAGGCAAAAAAAGCUACAUUGACUACAGAUCUUUCAUCUGGUUCUGAUAUUUAUAAAGGAACAGGAUCACGGAUUAGAAAAAAAAAUCCGAGGUAUGAGUCCCAACACUCUUCAGAUUCGGAUGAGAGUCGCUCAUCAUCAAGUCAUAUCAGUUACCCAGUUUUCAAACGGACACAACCAAUAAAUUUAUUGGAUGAUGUAUCACGACGUAGCACUUCUCCAGAGAUUCAAAUCGAAUCAACUGCCAAAACUGUGAGGUCUGACGGAAUAUCCCAUGAAAACAAUGAAUCGAAUGAUAUGGCAGGAUAUGAUGGUACUCCAACUAUAGAACCUUAUGAAAGAAGAGCUACACCAAGACCUACUCCUAUAGAAUCUUGUGAAAGAAGAGCUACACCAAAACCUACUCCUAGAGAUUCAUGUGAAAGAAGAGUUACAUCGAAACCUUCAAGCGACAGCAGAGUUACACCAAAAUCAUCUUUCGCAGACAGAUCAAAACAACUUGUUCCACUUAGUGAUCAAGGACGUAUUACUCCAAAAUCAUCUUUACCAGACAGAUCAAAACAACUUGUUUCCCUUAGUGAUCAAGAUUUCAAAAGGAUGAUGAUUGAUGAGAUGAAUCAACUCAACUAUAAAAUGAAUAAUUUGAUUGAGAGUAUUGCCACUCUCAUGAAAACAAAAAGAAUCGAGACUGAUAUACAAUUAACAACUUAUGGAAGUAAGAUCAAAAUACUAUAUGGAAAAAUUCCAUUAAGAAAUGACACUGAUUUGGAAGACUUAGAAACUUAUUUAGCUGAUGAUGAGAACUUCAAAAUAAUGAUAUCAGAAUUAUCAAGAAUUGGUGGUAGCUCCCUAGGGCAAAGUGUGAGGAAAAUUUUAUAUAGGCUCCUUACAGAUGAAGUAGCUCUUUUAUUUUCCUGGGAUGGGGCCAGGAUGAAAAGACCCUUCAAGAGUUUGAGAUUAGCCAGAUGUAUUCUUGAAUCCAUGAAAAUUCAGUAUAUUGAUUCAAAAGAAAUGGACACAAUUACAGUCAUAAAAUCAUGGCUGGUCAAGGCCAGGGAAAGAAUUACAAAUCCAAUAAAAAGAAGGAAAGCAAUGAAUAAAUAUCCUUUCAAUGUUUAG